AGGUGAUUAUAACUGGUUCAUUGGGCGCAGCAUAUCCAAACAGGAUGACCAAAUCUGCGUUGAAUGCAAAUCUUGCGAUGAGUAUACUUGCUACUUUGGCCUCCGCUACCAUUGUUGCAAUGGAAACCAUUGCCGCUAUUUGUCCAGUUAUUGAAGUAUACCAUGACAGUUUUGGAUAUUACUAUUGCUACACGAAUGCCUUAUUGGCUUCACUACACGGUAUCACAGCUGGGUUUGGAUUCAUUUGCUUUUGUCACGGUAUCAGCCAUUCUGCUUACUGCUGCAAAAUAUCUUGUGGUGGCAACAGUACCAGUCAUACCCAGGCGUUGAUGAUGCAGGGAAUUAAUGGGCAAAACCAACCAAUUCAAGGAAUAAAUGGACAAAUUCAACCAAUUUAUGGAAUGAAUGGACAAAUUCAACCAAUUUAUGGAAUGAAUGGACAAAUUCAACCAAUUCAAGGAAUUAAUGGACAAAUUCAACCAAUUUUUGAAAAUAAUGGACAAAUUCAACCAAUCCAGGUGUACAGUGGACAAAAUCAACAAGUGCUGUAUCAAAUUCCUGUUCAGUUUAACCCUUACGCUAUUCCUCCAAACCAGCAGAACCAACCAACAACAAGUGCUCUUGUAUCAGAUGGUCCUGCCGCAUACACCAACCAUUUGAUGCAGGCAGAGGUUAAUAUACCCGGCUUGAUUCAAGAACCCGCACCGACGACAUCAGCUACUUCUGAUGCUUAACAACUGUGUAAAUACAAUCUAUAAUACUUUUAUUUUUCAUGUCAAACACGUUAAACACUAUUUUGAUUAUACAAUUUUAAUUAUUAGCUUUUAUUACAUCAUAUGCGUAAACUAGAAUAUCGCUGGUAUUUAAAUGUUUACAAUGUGUUUUACCAACGGUCGAAGUUUUCAGUUGUUUUGCUCCACUCAAAUUUGACUUCUGGCACCACUGAUAGUUACUGUGUGUGUUGAAAACGCAAGCUUUUUGUGGUGCCUUUCAUAUUCAACUUGGUCUCUUGAUUCGAACGAAUGUAACUUGCUUUAUCCUACGUGGCCGGAAAACGACAGUCGUUAUAACACGGGUGUAUUACAGUUGCUUACUUGCCGAUCGGCUUUUUUGUUUCGCCAUUUUGUCAAAAUUCCCGAAAAUGUGGAAAUCCGAAAACGUAGUGUGACGUCACAAAUUAAACGCGCGAGCCUCUCGCAGGCAAA